UUUGGCUCUGGCUAAUAACAGCACUCUGACCAUCGGUACUAUUGAUGAGAUCCAGAAACUCCACAUCCGAACUGUACCCCUCUACGAGUCACCCAAGCGUAUCUGUUACCAGGAGGUGUCUCAGUGCUUUGGAGUGUUGUCCAGUAGAGUGGAGAUGCAGGACGCCAGCGGAACUACAGCAGUGGUGCGGCCCAGCGCCAGUACACAGGCAUUGUCCAGCAGCGUGAGCUCCAGCAAACUGUUUCCCAGCAGCACUUCACCUCACGAGACGUCAUUUGGAGAGGAAGUGGAAGUGCACAGUCUGCUGGUGGUGGAUCAGCACACGUUUGAGGUGUUGCACGCGCAUCAGUUCCUGCAGAAUGAGUAUGCACUGAGUAUGGUUUCCUGUAAACUGGGCAGAGAUCCUGCUGUGUACUUCAUCGUCGGCACGGCCAUGGUGUAUCCGGAAGAGGCAGAGCCUAAACAGGGACGCAUCAUCGUCUUUCACUAUACAGACGGUAAACUGCAGACAGUAGCAGAGAAGGAAGUGAAAGGAGCCGUUUACUCAAUGGUGGAGUUUAAUGGCAAACUGCUGGCCAGCAUCAACAGUACUGUGCGUCUGUACGAGUGGACGGCAGAGAAGGAGCUGCGCACCGAGUGUAAUCACUAUAAUAACAUUAUGGCUCUGUAUCUGAAGACUAAAGGGGAUUUCAUACUGGUGGGAGAUCUGAUGCGCUCAGUGCUGCUGCUGGCGUACAAACCCAUGGAGGGCAGCUUUGAAGAGAUCGCUCGGGAUUUCAAUCCUAACUGGAUGAGUGCUGUAGAAAUCCUGGAUGAUGAUAACUUCCUGGGAGCAGAGAACGCUUUCAACCUGUUCGUCUGCCAGAAAGACAGUGCGGCGACUACAGAUGAGGAGCGGCAGCACCUGCAGGAGGUGGGCUUGUUCCAUCUCGGCGAGUUUGUCAACGUGUUUUCACACGGUUCUCUAGUCCUGCAGAACCUCGGCGAGAGCUCCACACCGACCCAGGGUUCAGUGCUGUUUGGCACAGUCAACGGGAUGAUCGGUUUGGUGACGUCACUGUCUGAGAGCUGGUACAGUUUACUGCUGGAUCUCCAGAGCAGACUCAAUAAAGUCAUCAAGAGUGUCGGCAAGAUCGAGCACAGCUUCUGGAGGUCAUUCCACACGGAGCGCAAGACUGAACAGGCCACAGGAUUCAUUGAUGGAGAUCUGAUCGAGAGUUUCCUGGAUCUGGGUCGUGCUAAGAUGCAGGAGGUGGUGAGCACUCUGCAGAUUGAUGAUGGCAGUGGAAUGAAGCGGGAAGCUACGGUGGAUGAGGUCAUUAAGAUAGUUGAAGAGCUUACACGAAUCCACUAACCAAUCGGAGCUGUUGCACAUCUGUACAUAAAUAUAAAUAAAUGAGUGUGUGCGCACUUCAUUCCAGCACAAUGAAUUGUGUUCACAGCUCUUUCACACACACGUUCACAUUUAAUGUGUGUGCCGUAUAAUGAGCAUAAUGAUGACCCAUUUCCCCAUUCAACACUGAUUCUCAAUAGUUUUAGUAAAGCGUUUGUCAUUGUGAUGUUUCUGUUCAUUUAUUUUAAUAAAGUUUCUUCAGGAUGUGCUGUGUUUGAAGUGAGUGCGGUAUAUUAAAAGCAUUGAGGAGAUCAGUGUAUCAGUGACUGAAUUCAAUCUUUGUGUGGUGUAAUGACAUUUCUUUUGUUUCCAAAGUUCCAUCACUUUUUUCAGGGUGACCACAGCAACAUUUUAGAUGAGCAGGUUUAAAUGAAUGAAUCAGUCACAUGAUUUUAG